UAUUUUAUAUAUCUCUCUCUCUUCCUCUCUCUCAUACACUUGCGUACACCACUAGCAGCGGUAGGAAAAACCCAGUGACGUUUUUCGUGCUCAUUAUUCUCAUCAAAAAAGAUGUUCACUUUUCUCUCUCGCGUGAACACCGGACGUCUGACGCCACCUGGGUCUCUUAUAAAAGUCACCGGGGGGACGAUCUCAGCACGUAGCUCUUAGUCGAUCAUUACUUAGUUUUCAAGCAGGGUACCGGAGGAUAACGCACUGGCCAGUGUCUAUCUGUACAUCCGUUCGUUGAGAAGCGGCUUUCACCUCAAGUGUCCGGUAGAACCAAGAGACAUUUCAGGUCUCAAUGCCACGCGGUUUCUAGCGGAGACACGCGGCUCAACUCGAGCUAAAACAAGACAAGAUGACCGGUAUCCACGUGGAGGGACUGGCGGCGAUCGCCCUCUUCUACGUUCUGAUCCUUGCGGUGGGGAUCUGGGCAGCGUGGAAGAACAAACACGCCGGGGAGGCGGAGGGCACAGACCGCAGUGAAACCAUCAUGGUCGGUGGAAGGGACAUUGGUUUAUUUGUUGGUGGUUUCACAAUGACCGCGACCUGGGUUGGUGGCGGAUACAUAAACGGAACGGCGGAGUACGUCUAUCUUCCUGGGUACGGCUUGGCUUGGGCACAAGCGCCUUUUGGAUAUGCGCUAAGUCUCGUCGUAGGGGGUCUGUUCUUCGCCAAGCCCAUGCGCUCCAGAGGUUAUGUCACCAUGCUGGAUCCUUUCCAGCAGAAGUACGGGAAGAGGAUGGGUGGUCUGCUCUUCAUACCUGCUCUAAUGGGAGAGAUCUUCUGGUCGGCGGCCAUUUUAUCUGCUCUGGGAGCCACGCUGAGUGUGAUCAUAGACAUAAACAUCAAGAUGUCUGUGGUGAUCUCUGCCUGUAUUGCGAUCUUCUACACGUUAGUCGGAGGUCUGUAUUCGGUAGCCUACACCGACGUGGUGCAACUCUUCUGUAUCUUCCUGGGACUGGUGAGACACUCGGCCCGGACCACUUAUUUCACUGGUUUCUGGUUGAUGGACUCUGCCUCUGUGUCAGGACUGGGUUUCAGUGGUUCUCUGAAGGACUGGUGUCUGGAUCAAGACUGGUUCUGGAAGGAGAUCUGCUUCUGGAAGGGAAACAUCAAGACAGAAGACACCUGGGUCUGGAUAGACAACUUCUGUCUGCUGAUGUUGGGGGGGAUUCCCUGGCAGGUAUAUUUUCAACGGGUUCUCUCUGCCUCUUCAGCUACGUACGCCCAGGUGCUCUCGUUCAUCGCCGCUGCAGGGUGCCUGGUCAUGGCCGUGCCCUCAGUAAUGAUCGGGGCUAUAGGGGCCUCCACAGACUGGAACCAGACUGCGUAUGGACCUGUACCUCCCAAGGAGAGGGACCAGGCAGACAUGAUAUUACCCAUAGUCCUCCAGUACCUCUGUCCUCCCUUCGUCUCCUUCUUCGGCCUGGGGGCGGUCUCUGCUGCCGUGAUGUCAUCCGCCGACUCCUCCAUCCUAUCAGCUAGCUCCAUGUUCGCUCGGAACAUCUACCAGCUGGCUUUCCGCCAAUCGGCUUCGGACACCGAGAUCGUGUGGGUGAUGCGUGUCACCAUCUUUGUGUUCGGCGGCCUGGCCACGGCGAUGGCGUUGCUAACGGGGACGGUGUACGGCCUGUGGUACCUGAGCUCCGACCUGGUCUACGUUAUCAUCUUCCCUCAGCUCAUCUCCGUUCUCUUCGUCAAGGGGACCAACACGUACGGCUCCGUCGCCGCUUACGUCUUCGGUCUGAUCCUGCGGAUCGGAGGAGGGGAACCCUACCUCUCACUACCCCCCUUCAUCUACUACCCCGGCUGGCAGAUAGAGGACCGGAUCCAUCAUCUGACUGGAGAGGUGGAACACAUCGUGGUGCAGAAGUUCCCGUUUAAGACCGUCUCCAUGUUGGCCUCCUUCCUGGGCAACGUGGCUUUCUCCUACCUGGCCAAGUAUCUGUUUGAGAGCGGCAAGUUGUUGCCCAAGUAUGACUUCCUGGACGCGGUGUUGGCCCAGCACAGCAUCGAGAACAUGGACAAGACCACGUUGGUCAACCGUAACACCAUCGCGCUGUCUGAGAUGGCGACUGUCAAACCACGACUCAGCGUUCAACUGGCGGCGACGUUCACUCGCAGAGACACUCUGGCUGAGGAGGACUCGAGUCCCGAAGACAGCCCCAACCACGAGACCCUGGACUAAACCCCGGAUCUUGAACCCGGAACGUAAAGAGACUAAAGAGAGGACUGACAUGACAAAGACUGAAAUACACAUUUUGACUCGUUUGAUUUUUAACCACUUUGAUUUGAUCCCCAUCACGGCCAGGUGAGUUAUGGAGAUGGAACAGAAUAGAGCAUAGAGAUAAUGCCAUCUAUUGGGGCGGCAGGGUAGCCUAGUGCUUAAAGCGAUGGACUAGUAAACGAAAGGUUGCAAGAUCGGAUCCCCCGAGCUGAUAAGGUAAAAAAAUAUGUUGUUCUGCCCCUGAACCAGGCAGUUAAACCCACUGUUCCUAGGCCAUCAUUGUAAAUAACAAUUUGUUCUUAAGCAGACUUGCCUCGUUAAAUAAAGGUUAAAAUAAGAGGACAUUAUGAAGAUGGAACAGAAUAAAUGGCACGGAGAUAAGAGGACAUCAUGAAGAUGGAACAGAAUAAAUGGCACGGAGAUAAGAGGACAUUAUGAAGAUAGAACAGAAUAAAUGGCACGGAGAUAAGAGGACAUUAUGAAGAUGGAACAGAAUAAAUGGCACGGAGAUAAGAGGACAUCAUGAAGAUGGAACAGAAUAAAUGGCACGGAGAUAA